AAGAGGCACCAGGUCGUAUAUUGUCUAAAUUUGACAAAAUAUAAAGUUAUUAGGAAGGUCUUCGCAAGUUUUCCCGGAUGGACUGAAUGCGAAAAUGAGGAGGAAGAUUGGGAUAUUCUGUGGAGCGAUGCCUCCAUUAGCUUUGAGAGAUUUCUAAGAAUGAAACCGUACCAAAAAAUAAAUCAUUUUGUUGGAACCCAUGCAAUUACGCGGAAAAAUUUCUUGGGAAGAAACCUGCAAAGGAUGAAGGCAUACUACCCAAAGGAAUACAAAUACUUUCCCUCUACCUGGAUUCUCCCUACGGAUGGCGCUGGUCUUUUGGCUCAGUUUGCAGACAAGAAGAAAAAAACCUUCAUUAUCAAACCCGAUUCGGGCAGUCAGGGACGUGGAAUUUAUCUAACCCAAAAUAUAAAUGAUAUCGAGCUCUCAGAGCAUUUUGUAGCGCAGAGAUACAUCCACAAGCCGUUUCUUCUGGAUGGGCUGAAGUUCGAUUUGAGGCUCUAUGUCCUGCUCGCCGGGUGCAAUCCUUUGAGGCUCUUUCUUCAUCGAGAUGGACUUGUGCGAUUUGCCACACACCAGUACGAGGCGCCCAACCCAAGUAAUUGCAAGGACCUGAAAAUGCACUUGACAAAUUAUGCCAUUAACAAAUCUUCUUCUGAGUUUCAUUUCUCGCAAAACCCACAAGAGGCCACAGACGGUCAUAAAAGGAGCUUAUUCCAUGUAUUGGAGCGACUGAGGCAAGAAGGGAGGGACGUGGACUCAAUAUGCUCCAAGAUACAUGACAUGCUGAUUAAAACAAUCAUUACAAUAUAUCCAUCGUUAACUCAUAUUUACUCUUCAUGCAAAGCACAAGACACGACGAAUUCCGUUUGCUUUGAAAUAUUCGGAGUCGACGUUCUGCUGGACCACAAAUUGCAGCCCUGGCUAAUUGAAGUAAACCAUUCCCCUUCUUUCGCUACGGACAGUGCAUUGGAUAAACAAGUGAAAUUUGCGGUCAUCCGGGACGCGGUCAAACUUGUGGGCAUCUCUGCGAAAAACAGAAAACGGUAUUUGGCUGCACAGAAGGCAACUUUAGACCGGAGCCUCAAAACUUCGCUGCCGUCUGUGCAGAAGAGAGAAGAAAGAAUGAGGGUAAAGGCAGAGGCAGAAGCAGAGUGCGCACGGCAACAGACUGACUGGGAGGACAGACACUUGGGGGGCUAUCAAAGAAUAUACCCGACAAACGAUGGUGAAGAGAAAUACAGGAAAUUCUUUGAUGCAGCAAAGGAGAUUUGGGGAAAUUCAACGGGAGUCAGCAAAAGUCGACCUAUUUGGGACCAAAUUCAGCAGAACAAACAAUCUAAACUCGACGAGGAAGCAUCUAGCGCAGUCAAACCCGCUGUUGUGACCAUGCAGCCAAAUUGCUGGACCGAGGAGAAGGCACAUGAACGAAGAAAGCCAAUAGAGAAAAGUAACACCGCUAACACCUACAUCAGAAACGGCAGAAGCACCAGCACGGUCAGUAGCAUCGUCGGUCAAACAAAACGUCCCAGCGACUCGCAACGCUUUAGAGCCUCCUCGGUCAUGAGCCAGCUAUUAUUCGCUUCCCAAGCCCAUCGUCGUUUCCAUCAUCUCAGGUCGCACCAGAAACCAAUUCAUGAGAGGCCACCACAAGCGCACUUCUUAGGCAAAUUCUCUACUGAUAGACAGCAGCGAUGGCUUCCUCUUACACACGUACCAGGGCUUUGCCAUACAAAGGAGCCAGCCGGAGGGGAGAGUUGCUUGGAUAUUGUUCUCUCUCCCGGUUCUGACAGCUUGCCAAGCUGCAAGGAGGAAAAACGAGUCCAGGUACCAUCACAUCAGGAACAAGAAGACGUAUUGUCUCACGUUCCAAUAGAAAAUUCUUCAGAGGCAAGCGAUGCUCCGAGGAGGGGCCUUGACUACAUAGGCCAUUGCGGAAGAAAGGCACGCCAGGCUGGGGACGGCACUGUGGCAGGCUCAGUUUUGCAUCCUUUUGAUCUAACCACUGCUGCUCCACCAGUAUUGUGUGUGUCAACGUCAUCCACUUCACCCUCCGGCUCUUCGUCGUCUUUUGACGCCACUAGGAGAGUUCUGAUUCCUCCUGAUGGUGGCUCGCAGCAACAGAGCGACAUGCCGGGCUGCGGGCAGGGAAUGCAGAGCAGGAGCUCUAUCUGCCUUGGAAGAAAGCAUCCUGCCUGGGCGGCUCGUGCUCGAGCUGCUGCCACUAAAACUUGUAAUGCCAUAAGGGGGGUUCCUAUGAGCCUUCCAUGUGUGGAGCUGUCUCUUGGUAUUCAGCCAGCAGCGGCCACUAAAAUGCACAGACAUCAUGAAGCACGAGCAGCGCACGAGGGGGCGCAGAUAGAAGAAUGCGAAAACCGGAUUUUUUCAACUCGAUAA